AUGACCGAUGGCAGCAUCCUGGGCCCGGCCCGCCAUCUUCGCGACGAAAAGAAUUUUACUUCGGCGAAAUUCUUUGCUUUUUUUGCGCGGGAAGACGCAACAACGGAAGACGCAACAACGGCACAAGUUGCUAAGGUGUGCGACUACGCGCUCGUCUACGCGGAGAAGAAGAACGACGGCGACGCGCCGUACUCGGUCUCCUUCACCGCGACGCAGAGCGGCGACGUCAUUGUGCAGCUCCACCCGCACUCACAGCUCGAGCGCGCGGUCCGCCAUGAGCGGCAGGCGCAGGCCACGGAGCCGCCCGCGAGCGCGAGCCCUGCGGCGCCGCCAGCCCCUGCCGCCGAGCCGCCAGCUGCGGAGCCGGCGACCAACAUGACGAAGCGCGGGCAGCAGCAGCGCGGCAAGGGCCGCAGUGCCAGCGGCCGCGCCAAUGCUGGACCCCGGCUCGUCGACAAGAACGCGCUGUCGGCGCGCGGCGGCGGGCCCUCGCGCCAGUCGCGCUCUCCCUCACCGGACUCGCCGCCCGCCAAGCGGGCGUCCUCCGCCGACUCCUCCGGCUAUGACACCGAUCUACCGGACGAGGUGCAGCAGGAGGCGGCGGGAUGGGUGAAGGUGGGGUACUAUACCAACUAA